UCUGUUGUGUGUUAAAAUUUAAAUAGUAGUGUAUAGUUUAGUGGGUGCUUAUAGCAGUGCGCUUAGCAUCUAACAAUAACGCUUGGAAUUAUGUCCACCACCCGACGAAAACAGCCCAAGUGGGACUCCCCUUCGACAGCAUCGAGUGGAUUGCAUCUUUACAACACACUCACGCGUGAGAAGAAUGCAUUCGCACCCGAGGAUGGCAAUACCGUGAAAUGGUACAUCUGUGGACCUACUGUCUACGAUGCCUCGCAUAUGGGACAUGCCAGGUCGUACAUCUCCUUUGACAUUGUGAGGCGUGUUAUGACGGACUACUUUGGCUACCGCCUGUUCCAUGUGAUGAAUAUCACAGACAUCGACGACAAAAUCAUUCUGCGUGCACGUCGGAAUCACCUGUUCAACCUCUACACUGGGAAGAAUCUUCCAAAGGAUGAGUUGAUGAAGGACCUGGCCACCGCCAUGGCACCCUUCGAGGCUAAGGCUGCGAAAGAAGAGGAGCCCGCAAAGAAGGAAAUGUACACCAAUGUCUUGUCCAAGAUCGCAUCACUGAAGGCUGUUGCUGAAUCUUCUGACAGCACAGCGGAGGAUCUGAGCGCAUUGCUGGAAGGUGCAAAAGACCCGAUUUCCGAAUGGCAGGACGCCCUUCACGGGGCCGAAGUCACGGACAACGACAUUUUCAGCAAGCUGUCGGCCUUCUGGGAGGCGGAUUACAUGGAGGAUAUGGAUGCCCUCAAAGUGUUGCCCCCAGACUGUCUCACCCGAGUGAGUGAAUAUGUACCGGAGAUUGUGGAGUACGUUGAGAAGAUCAUCGCAAACGGUUACGGAUACGAGUCUCAAGGUUCCGUCUACUUUGACGUCAAGGCGUUUGACGCCAACCCACUGCACGACUACGCCAAGUGUGUGCCUGAGGCAGCCAAUGACCUGGGCUUGUUAGCCGAGGGUGAAGGAGCACUGUCGAGUGGCGGUGUGAAGAAGUCACCACAGGACUUUGCGCUGUGGAAAGCGUCUAAGCCUGGAGAGCCCUCGUGGGCGUCUCCGUGGGGCAAGGGCCGUCCAGGAUGGCACAUUGAGUGUAGUGCGAUGGCCAGUGAUGUCAUUCCAGGCAAGCUGGAUGUGCACUGUGGUGGCAUGGAUCUGAUGUUUCCUCAUCACGACAACGAGAUCGCACAGGCCGAGGCGUACUACGGCUGUCGCCAGUGGGUCAAUUACUUCCUGCACGCGGGCCACCUGGAGAUCGAGGGCCGCAAGAUGUCGAAAUCGCUCAAGAAUUUCAUCACAAUCAAAGAGGCGCUGUCUAGACACAGUGCGCGUCAGUUGCGUCUGAUGUUCCUGUCACACAGUUGGGGAGGCAAGCUGGACUACAGUGAGAACACCAUGACUGUUGCUAUUCACACGGAGAAGGUAUUCAACGAGUUCUUCCUCAAUGUUAAGAGUGAAAUGCGUCAGCACACGCGCGAGUCAAAGUUCGGUACGGCCGAGCGCACCCUGCACGACAAGAUAGUCGAAGCAGAGACUAAUGUGCACAACUCACUAUGCGACAACAUCGACACGCCCCAGGCCCUGAAAGAUAUGAAGAAGUUGGUGUCCGAUGUCAAUGCGUAUCUGCUGGACGAUACCCGCACUCCCAGUCCCGCGCUGUUGGGCAAGGCGGCUCGGUACGUGUUCGAUAGACAUGCACAAUACAUGCCCACUCGAAGC